CGGACUGAGGCUGCAGCUCCGCAGCUGAGCGCUGGUGGGAUUUAAUCACUCUUCUUCACCGGGAACGAGCGCUGUUCUCCCGGUGUUCUCCGGGCAACGCUGCGGCACCUCCGGCUAAAAUGCUUGCCCCUUCCUCCCGGAACAUCCGAACCUGCUGCUGCGGAGCUCGGCCCACCGGGCACGGGCACUCGUCGCGGGAUCUCACGCCCGAGGCCGGGGCUCUGUCGACGGACUGAGCGGACAUGGAGGAGACCGGAGGCGGGUCGCUUUGCUUCGAUUUAACCGACGAGGCCGGAGGAGUGCGAGCGGGGCUCGGGGCUCUGACAGACCACAGCAUCGCACUGCUAGCCGGUGUCAGUGGGGGUCCGGGAGCCGGGAAGGGCCAUUUCUAUGUGACCGGUAACGGAAGGAAUGUAAACACGGACACGUCGGUACAUCCGGCCCCGGUACAGAAUGAGGUGAUGCUGGUAGAGAAGAGCCUGACAGACCGCCUGGAAGACCGGUGUGUGGGGUCGGGGGGUGUCGGGGACCACUGCGGCCUGAACGGAUUCACUGAGUCACGGUGUCAGGAGGAGCCGGCCAUGGUGGCCCUGGAGGAGGGAGGAGCAGCGGGCACAGCCGCUUCCUGUCCGGCUGUGCCCGGGACUGGGGUUCCAUUGGACACGGGUCUGCAGAUGCUGCAGCAAUCUGCGGGGGGAAUCCCGGAUGUAGCCGUGGGAGGAGAGGAGCCGAUGGGCGGUGGUGCGGUUACCGGGGCUCAGAGGACUUGUCUUCCCAUCGAGCUGCUGCCAUGCCCGGGGAAGCAGCAGGGGAAUUGCGCAUUAGACAUGUCCAACGGGAUGGUGGACAGUGAGGACCCCGAGGUGGACAGAGAGGACCCCGGGGUGGGGGUGAUGGACACUGAGUACCCUGGGGUGAACGGUGAGGACCCCGAGGUGGACAGUAGGGACCCCGGGCUGGACAGUGAGGACCCCGGGGUGGUGGACACUGAGGACCCCUGGGGGGUGGACAUUGAGGACCCCGGGCUGGACAGUGAGGACCCCGGGGUGGUGGACACUGAGGACCCCUGGGGGGUGGACAUUGAGGACCCCGGGGUGGACACCGCUUAUAACCGGACAGCAGUGUGUUCCAGACCCGGUGUGUGCGACGUGGACUGCGGGGAAGUGAAAUUAGCCAACGGGGGUUUACACAUCAGCUCCAGAGCAACAUGUGACUCUUCAGACUCAGACUGGGACAGCCAUGUGGACCCGGGGACAGGGCGAGAGACUUGGGACUGCAGCGGGGACGAGGUCCCUCAGUGCCCCGGGGAGGAUGCUCCUGCUGCCGCGGAGCUCCCUCCCUCCCCCGAGGUCUCCCCCACCCCAGAUUCAAGUGCCAAACCCCCCUCACCCAGCCCGUCACCCCCCGGUGAACCAACCGGCGACAGCCCGCUGUCAGAGCACGAGUCCGAGGAGGACGAGGCGGGCUUCGGGGACCUGAGUCUACCCGUCAGGCCGCAGAGCCUGAGGACUAACCCCGGCCUCCCGGUGUCCCUGAGCUGCGACGCCACCCCGCUGUCCCCGGACGAGGAUGGGGGCUUUUAUUUUGGAGACGCCGGGUACAUGGAGGAGUGCCGGGGGGCGAUGGAGGCGGCGGGUCGGAGACAGAGUGCUCCGGACAAACUCCCGGACCUGAGCGACCACACGGACUGCUCGGACGGCACACUGAUGCCAAAGAGGUUCGGCAUCGCUGACUUCUUCACCAGGAGCCUAUUUUCUAGGAAAUCCAAAGAGCCGAAGGCACUGACCCAUAAUGCAGCAGGAUGGCGACUGUUUGGCAAGACAGGACCCCGAGGGGCGGAUCCAACUAAAGACCAAGCCUCCACAGUGGCCAAUCAGCAGUCUCCACAGGAGGAGGAAGAGGAUGAGGAGGAAGAUGAGGAGUUGAAAGACUCAGAUGUGUCUCCGUGUCGGGAGCGCCCCCCAGCUGCAGGGAGGAGGAAGAACCUGGAGUUUGAGCCUCUCUCCACCACAGCUCUCAUCCUGGAGGAUCGACCAGCGAACCUUCCGGCCAAAUCUGAAGAGGAAACUCAGCGACACAAACUGGAAUAUGAGGAGAUGGUUGCAGGAGCAAAGAGGAGAGAGUUGAAAGAAGCGCAGAGGAAGAAGCGUCAGAUGAAGGAGAGACACCGGCAGGAGGACAUCAUCUCCAACGCCAUGGUCAUCUGGAACACUGAGAUCCUCCCUCACUGGGACACCAUGAAGGGGACGAGGCGGGUGAGAGACCUGUGGUGGCAGGGACUUCCUCCCAGCGUCAGAGGUCGAGUUUGGAAUCUCGCCAUCGGCAACGAGCUCAACAUCACGGCAGAGCUGUACGAGAUCUUUCUGUCCAGAGCCAAAGAGAAGUGGAGGAGCUACAGCGAGACCAGCUCAGUGAACGACAACGAGAGUGAUGGAGGAGCGUCUCUGGCCGACAGAGAGUCCAGUCUUGACCUCAUCAAACUGGACAUUUCCAGAACCUUCCCGUCUCUCUUCAUCUUCCAGAAGGGCGGUCCGUACCACGACCUCCUCCACAGUGUUCUCGGAGCUUACACUUGUUACAGGCCCGACAUCGGCUACGUUCAGGGGAUGUCGUUCAUCGCUGCUGUUCUGAUCCUGAACCUGGAGGAGGCCGAGGCCUUCAUCACCUUCGCCAACUUGCUCAAUAAACCCUGUCAGAUGGCGUUCUUCAGGGUCGACCACGAACUGAUGUUGAAAUACUUUGCAGCCUUUGAGAUUUUCUUUGAGGAGAAUCUUCCUCGUCUCUUCAGCCACUUCCAGUCGAACAGCCUGACCCCUGACCUCUAUCUCAUCGACUGGAUCUUCACGCUGUACAGUAAGUCCCUCCCCCUGGACGUGGCGUGUCGGGUGUGGGACGUCUUCUGUCGGGACGGGGAGGAGAGCUUGUUUCGGACGGGCCUGGGUAUCCUGCGUCUGUUCGAGGAAGUCCUGCUGCAGAUGGACUUCAUCCACAUCGCUCAGUUCCUCACGCGCCUCCCGGACGACCUGCAGUCGCACACGCUCUUCGUCGCAAUGGCCAACACGCACAUGAUCAGCAGAAACCGCCGCUGGGCUCAGGUGUUUUCUGCUUUGACGAAGGAAGGAAUCAAAGAGGUGGAUAAGAACACCAGCCCGGCGUUGAGAAGUUAACUGCUGAUGCCGAGCGCUGCUGUGGAGGAGGACGGAUCUGGCGUCAGGCGGCCGGGAACUUCAGAGGUGAAUGUGAGCUCGUCCUGUCGGCACUGAAGCGAACACCUGAGGCUGCGUGGCUUCAAGCUAAACUCUUCACUCCCAAGCUCGAAGCAAACACCAGGCUGAGGUCAGAGGAACCGUCAGCUUGAGCCUCCAAGUCGGUGAAGGACGAACGACCCCCCCCCGGGAGUCUGCGCAGGGACCAGAGCGGUCGGUCAAACCUACACAGCCACUGUCAGUAUUUCACGUAGAGAUUUAGUUUUGAUGAAGCAGCAGCGUCAUGGUUCACCAGCGUAUCAAAGAUGGAAAAAUCAAACAUACUUUCAGCCGCUGGCCGGGUGCAAACACUUGAUCCUGGCCUUUGAUUGGUUUUUGGUGAUCCUGUCCCCCCCCGUGUCGGGACGUCAACGCCACUAAGAGCGAGUAUUUCUCCGUGUGUAAUUCUCAGCCUCCAGCUCUAAUGUUUCGGUGCUAAUCAAUUUCUGAAGGCUUUGACUCGUCUGUGGUUUAAUAAUUAACUUCGGUCUUCGUGUUUUUUUUAAAAUCUCGCACUGUUGUUUCAUUUGCUGCUUUUUCAGCUCGAACCAGACGAUUGAUAAGGCUCCAACUUUAAACUGUAACCUUUUAAACUUAAAAUCUCUUGACAUUUAGAAAAUAACAUGGUAAGAAUCUUAAAGACAUUGUGUACAACGUAGAUUUUCCAAAUCAUAAGUCAGAAUACGUUGAAUCAUUGAUCCUCAUUGAGUAAAAAACUAAUAUAAUAACAUAUUCUGUUUUUACAGGACAGUAAUUAUUCAACUGAUUUCAGCAACUAUUUCCUCUUUGUAUUUAAUCUGAAAUUUGAAAUAAUCUCCAGAAUCUAAAAAACUCUGAUGAUGCCUUUCAUUUUUUAAUUUAAAAUUUGGUGGAACAACUUUGAAUGUAGGAUGACGCAGUUUACAAUUAGUGUUCAAUUAAGAUUUUCUGUCAGGAAACUUUAUACCUGCAGCACCGACGCGUCAUCGUGAACGUUCAUCAUGUGACUCAUCAUUGAUUGUUAAAAUAGUUUUAUUUGUUGUUCGAGUUUGUGUGGCAUUGAGUCGUAUGGACACACAAAGGUUAGCGUUAAAACAGGUUUUUACAAAAAUAAUAACCACGUCAACAACGAUCAAUGCUAGAAACUCAGCAAUUUAUCCAAAUCUUUAUCUUUCACACAGGACUGUUUUUAACACUCCUCUGAUUUAAACACUAUUAAAUAUAAACCUCAGCACCAGUUCAUCCCAAACUCUACACACACACACACACACACAAACACACA